CUGGGACAACACUUGCUCUCCCGAAGGUGGGGAUGAUCAAGGAAGAGCACGAGGUGGCGGUGCUGGGGGCGCCCCAGAGCUAAGCUCCCAUCACAACCACCGUGAUCAACAUCCCCACCGAGAUCUCUGUACCCGACCACAUCGUCUGGUCCCUGUUCAACACCGUCUUCAUGAACUGGUGCUGCCUGGGCUUUGUGGCAUUCGCCUACUCCGUGAAGUCUAGGGACCGGAAGAUGGUGGGCGACGUGACUGGGGCCCAGAGCUAUGCGUCCACCGCCAAGUGCCUGAACAUCUGGGCCCUGGUCUUGGGCCUCUUUCUGACCACUGGAUUCAUUGUUCUUCUGGGAUAUGCCGCCCUGAACUUCUACCAGAUCGUUAUGAUAUCCAUGCAGGAGGGAAGAGGCUACUUCUAGUUGCCCAUGGCUGCGGCCUCGUCC